CCGCGGCGGGGGGGGCAAGAAGGCCCGGGGUCCGGCACUGCGAGCGGGCCGCGCUGGGUUGGGGUGGGGGCUGCCGGCCCGGAACUCCCCCCGAGCAUCUUCCUGCUGCUUCCCGGUUAUUGGUUGCUGACGGGCCGCUGCGCCCUCCCUCGAGCCCUGGUUUGUAGCUCGUUUCGCGUUCAGUCGCGUGUUCCUUCGGCCUUAUUCCCUCCGAGAAGCGCUUCCCCGCCGUGCAGCCUGCAGAUCCCAGUUUUUAUUUGUAAAUGGAACCUGGAAAUCCCGUGUAGAAUUGUUGCGUGGCGGGCAGCGGGAGCCUCUCUUGCUGGAAAAAGUCAUGGCGAAUUCGCGUGGGAUCUUCGGAAAUAAUUGGCCUGAAGUUAAUCAGAGACUCCAGCCUGUGUCUGUUAUUUACAAGUGAAAGUCGGCGUGGAACUGAGCGGCCGCGGAGGUCUGGUGGGAGAAUCGAGCUUCUAAAAGCUUGCGUGCAGCCGCUCCCCACCGGCUGCUGCUGAGCUCCCGGCUGGAAGCAGCUCCCCGUUCAGCCCAGCAGCGCUGCGGGAGGCACGAGGCGGCGGCCAUGUUCGUGUGAGCAGGAAGUGAGCAGAGCCAUGGCAGGCGGCGAGCGGGACUACGGCCUGACGGAGGAGCAGAAGGCUGUCAAAGCCAAGUACCCACCGGUCACCAAGAAGUACGAAUAUUUGGAUCACACAGCAGAUGUGCAGCUACACGCAUGGGGAGACACUUUGGAAGAAGCAUUUGAGCAGUGCGUCAUGGCCAUGUUUGGCUACAUGACUGAUACAGAGACUGUGGAACCUCUGGAUACUGUUGAAGUAGAAGCAGAAGGACAUGAUAUGUUGUCCCUUCUCUUCCACUUCUUGGAUGAGUGGCUGUAUAAAUUCAGUGCUAAUGAGUUCUUUAUACCCAGGGAGGUGAAAGUGCUUUACAUUGACCGAAUGCAAUUCAAAAUAAGAUCAAUUGGGUGGGGAGAAGAGUUCUCUUUACCAAAACACCCCCAGGGCACAGAGGUCAAAGCCAUAACUUACUCAGCAAUGCAGAUCUGUGAAGAAGAACAGCCAGAAGUCUUUGUCAUCAUUGAUAUUUAAAGCAAGUUUAACGAAGUGGAUGCUUGUCAGUGGCUGGCAAAACCCCUUCAGAACUGUAACCUCUGGGAAGCAACCAAGCAAUUAGCUAGUUUAAAUCAGAAGCAGGAGAGAGUUGUGGGGAAUGGCAUCCUGUGCUGUGGUGUGAAUAUGGUGAGCCAGACCAGUGCCAGCCUGCCAGGACAGUAGUUGGGUCUGGGGGGAUUUGAGAUGAGGGCUGUAGGGGAUGGAAGUCCCUCAGGAACGCUGGCGGUUGGCUUCUAAGGCAGUGUAUGAAGUAAAUAAAAAAAUCAGUGGAGCUGCUACAGCACUGCCUUUUUGUUGGGCGGCAGGAAAGUGUUGAUCUACGUGAUUGCAUGGGAAAAUUUAACUGUAACAGUUGUGAGCUGAUGUCCCUCUUCAUGUAAUCUAAAUUACAUGCGGAGAGUCAACCUUCAUGGAGGACAGUUUCUGUUCGAAGGCCCCCGGAGGAAAAACACAAAUUAUUUAAAAAACAAAACAUUCUUCUGAGAACUUUGUCAGACCACCAGGUGGUGCUGAUUUACCACAAAUACAUUUCCAUGCACCCUGAACGCAGGUGACCGCGCAUGGAAUCCUUGCAGCUCCUUAUGGCUGGGAAAAGUGGAGACCGCUUUUGUUGGCACUGAAAAAAGGGGUUGGCGGAUUCUCUGCAGGUCUGCUCCCAUCUAAGCCUUGCGAGAGCAGGAUCUCUUCUUUUAGAAGGCAGUUUGCAUCAGCUUCCUUUUGUUUUCAGAAAGGGCAACUGCACACAACUGAGAGCCCAGCUGUCAGCCCUCAGCUGUUGGGUGUGAGGGAGGUCUGCCCUGCCCUGUGGUAAACCUAGGGGUGCUUCACCUCUGUUUUGUUGUAAAGUCAUUUUAAAUCAGAUUUAAAAGGGGAAAAAAUACAAUCU